AUGUCUAAGGAAGAUGUCACGGCUGUUGAACUCCUGACCAAGACCGGAACCAUUGUACUAGCCAUCGAAACAAACCUACACCAUAAUCGGCUGGACAGAAAAACAAUCCGGAGACUUUUGCGCGAGUACUCGGCUCGCGCAGAGUCGGAUGGAAGACUGAUAAAUGCUGCGAGGCAAGACUCUGACUGUGCCAACCGUGGGCUGUUCUUAGCAUACGCCCACAUGGAGCUUAUAACUUGGCUGGCAAACAAGAAUUAUACGGUUACAUCAUCGUCGAUACAAUGGUACAGCUGGAAGCAAUUUCAGUCAAAAUACCGCCUGCCGCCGUUCUGGACAUCAUCGUACACGUCGGAUUUACAAAGUCAAUUGGACCAUAUCGAGAAAACAGCCGCAUUGGUAUGUGCAGAUCUUGAAGCUCACAAUGUAAGCCUGACGAUACUCGAUAACCUGUGGACCUUCUCUGAUUACAGGCAAGAUUUCGAUCCCGGCCACUGCCAUUAG